UUAGAGGAGGUAGUUUUUUGUUGUCAAUAGUAGAGGCUAGACAAUGAUUUAUAUUGUUUUUUUUUAUGACAGGCAUUCUUAUCAUUCAUUUUGGUCAAUGACUUAUUAUAUAAUGUCUUAUGGUGGAUUAAAUGUAUUAUGUUCGCAUGAAAACCAAUGUAUAUGUACAGUAUGGGAGGGGGAUGGUUGCACACAGGUUAGCUAUUCUACCUUACUCAUUGACUUAUUCAGAAUCUGCGAUAAUUGGUUGUGCAGUUUUACCGCUUAUGGUGCCAUGGCCCAUGCAGCCCAGGUUUUUGAACUAUAAAAAAAGAUUUGCGUUACGCCACCGAACAACAGAAUUGAUGUCUUUAACACCAAACCCAUCUAAAAAAGGUGGUAUCCAUGUUAUCUUCGACAUUCUAUUUGCACCACUAAGCCUUUUUGUGGGAUGUGAACUGGACCAAGAUUAACAAGCCCAACCCAUGAACAUGCCCAUUUGUAAGA